AUGUGGUCGCCAAAUGUCAAACAAAAGAGAAUGAUCUUUUUCGCGUGUGUUUUAUUUUUACUGUUCAUUAUCAACCACAAAUAUAACACACCAAUGACAUUAGAUUUGCGUCAUAGCGAUGUGCAUGCGCAGUGCGUUCUACCGGAAAUUGACCCCUUUGACAAAGAGGUAAUGAAAUUAGACCAACAUCCCAGACCACCAUCGUGUAGUGAUAGCAUGCCAUUAUUGUUUAUAGAUAUGGAAGGCUAUAUCCAGUUUAAUCAUACAUCUCUAACUUUAUAUAAACUUUCAAAAUCGGAUGUUGACUGCGCUUAUAUUCCAGUGGAACGUACUGGCGGAGACGAUGACAUCAUCUUGAAACCUAAAAUACAGUUUAACGAACCGGAAUAUAUCGAGUGGGAUUUCGUAGUCGCUAAUUGUUUAGAUAAAAAAGGCAAAUUGAUAUAUGAAGCUGUUCUUACAAGUGUAGAUUCUAAAACUGUAUUGGAACGAAAGCAAAUAAAAACUGCAUUUGCGGAUCAAUAUAAUGUACUUUUGUUUGGAAUCGAUUCAUUAUCCAGAACCGGUGCCUUGAGAAAAAUUCCAAAAACAAUGAAUUAUCUUCAAGAUGAUUUAGGAGGCAUCACUUUCAAAGGAUAUACCAAAGUAGGCGCUAACACUUUUCCGAAUGUUGUUCCAUUGUUAACAGGCAAGCGAGCGGAUAAAACUGAUCUAGGUCCAGCAUGGGAGCACUAUUAUUUCGACGACUACCCGCUUAUACAGUAUAACUAUUCACAUGCAGGCUACGUCACAAUGUAUGCGGAGGACUGGCCUUACUUUUCAACAUUCAAUUAUUUAGCAAACGGUUUCAAAGUGCAGCCGACUGACCAUUAUUUACGCCCAAUGUAUCUCACGAUGAAAAAGUUAGCACCAGUUUCUACUUCUUUGGAACAAGUGAAUCUUUACUUGGAAAACAAACAUAUCAAAAUUCUGCCGUCAUCAUUGUGUUACAAACAUCGGACCAAACAUGUUAUUUUCCUAGAGUACUUGAAGAGAUUUUUGAACGCUUACAAGACCAAAUUGAAAUUUAGCUUUUCAUGGAUGAGUGAACUGAGUCAUGAUUAUCCAUAUUACCUUGAAAUUGCUGAUCAAGAUUUCACAGAUUUUCUCAAAUGGAUGAAAUUUGAAGGUCAUCUCAAUAACACGGUGUUGGUGUUUUUGAGUGAUCACGGAAGUAGAAUAGACGACCUUAGAAACACUGCGGUUGGAAGAAUAGAAGCUAGAAUGCCUCUCCUUACCAUCGUUCUACCCGAAAGGUUAAAACAACAACAUCCUGAUAUUGUUAAAACAAUGAAAGAAAACACAAAUGUUCUUACAACGGCUUUUGACGUGAACGCAAUGAUCGGUGACAUAUUACACCAAAAUUUCGACCAGCACCUGGAAUCACUCUUACGUUACAAACAUCCUAGAGGUUUAAGUCUCUUUCGGAAGAUUCCGAAGGAGCGGACAUGCGCAAACGCUAGCAUAAGUGAGCAAUUUUGCCCAUGUUUUAUAAGCAAGCCUACAGAUAUAAAAUCACCAAACGUACAAAAAAUAGUGAAUUUCUCUAUAGAUAAAAUCAACCGCAUGCUUUAUAAACACAAAAGUGUUUGUGCGACAUUAUCUUUGUCCCAAAUAAAAGAUGCUCAAUUGGUAGUGUCAAGUUUCGAGCGUUAUCAAACAAAAAAAUUCACGAUAAGAGAUUUUUUAAAUACACGGGUCAAAGAUGAAAAUAAAUAUACAAUAUUAUUUGAAACUUCUCCCAGUGAUGCGCUUUUCGAGGUGACAGCACAUGUUGAAAGUGACAGUGAAAUAAAGAUUAUAGGUGAUAUCACAAGGACCAACAAAUACGGAAAACAGUCCCAAUGUAUCUCCGACAAGUUUUUGCGCAAUUUUUGCUUCUGUAAAUAA